UAUACCUCCGCGGCCUUACAGACGGACGGGCAUCGCAGGGAGAGGGGCAAUGGCCGCAUCCCCCCCCGCCUCCCGCCUCCCACGGAUCCAGAUACACUCCGGAGCGCGCGCGCGCACGCGGCCCCCUCCCCUCCUCCCCUAGGCGGGCCGGGGGUGUGUCUCGAGGCUGGUAGAUCUCCCGCCUCCGCCUCCCCGCUCUGCCGGCCGCGAGCUCGGGAGCUCGGGAGCUCGGGUCAGACUGGUGCGACGGCGGGGCGCUGGAGGAGAGCCGCCGAGUCCCGCCGCUGUCCCGGCCCGGAGCCGCCCGGGCGAUGGGCUGACCCGGCAGGCAGGGGCCCAGGACCGCCAGGCCGGCGUUUCACCUCCAGCCGUGCGAGACUCCACCUGUAGCUAUGGCGCAGAAUGGAUACUUCUUUGAAGAAACUGUCAGAAGGUCCGUCAGUGAACCAGGUCAUCUGUCGCGCAGUUCAUCAAUGAGGAUCUCCAGCAAUGACUUGACUGCUCAGCCAGAGAGUCCAUCAGCCAGUCCGUCAGUCAGGAGAUCCAUCAGUCAGCCAGUCCAUUUACCGGGCAAUACAUCGGACAGUCAGGCAGGCAGGAACAACCAGAGCCCACCAGGCUCUUCCUCGGAGGCAUGGCCCCGGGUUCACUUACCGUCGCUUUUGCCCAUGCCCUCCUCCUCUGUCACAGAGGAAAAAAGAAGGGACGGCUCAAGGAGGAGGAGAACGCAUUUAGGAGGCUACCUCAAGUGUGACACAGAGGAUGGCGUCGAGGGAACAGAAGAAGAGCUCUUCGACACCGUCAACUCUUCCAUCGUGUCAGGAGACAGCAUCCGGUUCUUCGUCAACUUCAACCUGGACAUGCAGGCCAACCUGAGCGAGGACGCCAGUUCGGGCUGCGUGCUCCUGCACACUUCCAGGAAGUACCUGAAGUUAAAGAACUUUGAGGAGGAGAUCCGAGCCCACCGCGACCUGGACAGCUUCCUGGCCCGGGCCAGCAUCAUCCUGAACGAGACGGCCACAACACUGGACGACGUGCUCUGCGAGAUGCUGCGGCGCUUUUCCCAGGACCCAAACAACGCCGAGCCCGGCUUCAACUUCGACCGGAUCAUGGCCACGCUCUUCACGGACUCGGGGACGCCUCGAGAGGGAACUGUGCACCUCCUCUCCGACAUCAUCCAAGGCGUCACGGCCACCUUCACGGGGGUUCAGUACCAGCAGUCCUGGCUCUGUAUCAUCUGCAACAUCAAGUCGCUGCAGCGGCGCCAUGUGUGCAUCAGCCGCCUGGAGCGGCCCCAGAACUGGGGCGAGAACUCGUGCGAGGUGCGUUUCGUGAUCUUGGUCAUGGCGCCCCCCAAGACGAAAAGCACCAAGACGGCCACGGAGGUGGCGCGGACCUUCGCCACCAUGUUCUCAGAUAUCACCUUCCGCCUGCGGCUCUUGGAGACGCGCACCACAGAGGAGUUCAAGGACGCCCUGGUGCAGCAGAGACACCUCCUGACGGUUAUCAAGCCGCAGUCCUCGGUGCUCUCCCAGCGCGAGAUCUACACCCCGGUGAGGCCCCGGACACACGGAACCAAGGACCUGCAGUGUCACGACUUCCUGCAGCUGGGCAAGGGGAUCAUGGACGACGUGGCCCGAAGGUUUCCUGUGUACGCUCUGGACUUCACUGAUGGUGUGAUUGGAAGCAACAAGUCUUUGGGGAAGUACCUCACGACCACAAUCUUUCUCUACUUUGCCUGCCUCCUGCCGACCAUCGCCUUCGGUUCCCUCAACGAUGAGAACACGAAGGGAGUCAUUGAUGUGAAGAAAACGAUCGCCGGCCAGAGCAUUGGCGGCCUCUUGUACGCGCUGUUUUCAGGACAGCCCUUGGUGGUGCUGCUGACCACGGCACCGCUGGCCCUCUACAUCCACGUCAUCCGUGGCAUCUGUGAUGACUACAACCUGGAUUUUCAUGCCUUCUACGCCUGGACCGGGCUGUGGAACAGCUUCUUCCUGGCGGUCUAUGCCAUCUUCAACUUGAGUCUUCUCAUGAAGGUUUUCAAGAGGUCCACAGAGGAGAUCAUUGCGCUCUUCAUUUCUAUCACCUUUGUGCUGGAUGCCAUCAAGGGCAUGGUCAAAAUCUUCCAGAAGUACUAUUUUGGCGUGCACGUGAGCGAGUACGGGGAGGCGCACCUCUCCCAGUCCGAGCUGGGCCUUAACAGUAGCAUGCUGAUGAACUCUUCACACCCCGCGGACAGCGACGGGGAGCCGCCGGGCCGGGAGACGGCCCUCCUGAGUCUCAUGCUCAUGCUGGGUACCGUCUGGCUGGGUCACACGCUGUACCAGUUCAAGAAGAGCCCGUACCUCCACGGCCGAGUGCGGGAGGCCCUGUCGGACUGUGCGCUGCCCAUCUCGGUGCUCACCUUCUCCAUCGUGGGCUCCUUUGUCUUCCACGGAAUUAAGAUGUCCAAGUUCAGCUACAACCCCAGUGAGAGCCUGUUUGAGCUGGCAAAAGUGCAGUCGCUGUCCUUGGGCGCCGUGGGCAGUGCCAUGGGCCUGGGCUUCCUCCUCUCCAUGCUCUUCUUCAUCGAGCAGAACCUAGUCGCUGCCUUGGCCAAUGCCCCAGAGAACAGGCUGGUGAAGGGCACAGCCUACCACUGGGACCUGCUGCUGAUCGCCUUGAUCAACAUGGGACUCUCUCUGUUUGGCCUGCCCUGGCUGCACGCGGCCUACCCCCACUCGCCGCUGCACGUGCGGGCGCUGGCCUUUGUGGAGGAGCGAGUGGAGUUCGGGCACAUCUGUGAGACGAUCGUGAGUGUGAAGGAGACGCGCCUGACCACGCUGGGGGCCAGCAUCCUGGUGGGGCUGUCGCUGCUGCUGCUGCCCUUCCCCCUGCAGUCCAUCCCCAAGGCCGUGCUCUAUGGACUCUUCCUCUACAUCGCCCUCACCUCCCUCGACAACAGCCAGCUCUGCGAGAGGAUCGCCCUCCUCCUUAAGGAGCAGACAGCGUACCCCCCCACGCACUACAUUCGCCGGGUGCCGCAGAGGAAGAUCCACUACUUCACAGGCCUGCAAGUGCUCCAGCUGCUGCUGCUCUGUGCCUUUGGCAUGUCGUCCCUGCCCUACAUGAAGAUGAUCUUCCCCCUCAUCAUGAUUGCCAUGAUUCCCAUCCGGUACAUCCUGCUGCCCCGAAUCAUUGAAGCCAAAUAUUUAGAUGCCAUGGAUGCAGAGCACUGAGGAGCCCCGGACCCAAGUCUCUGCCUCCGCCCUCGGGUGCCCCACUGCCCUGGCUCAGGUGGAGCUGCGCUGCUUCGCUUCUCUGCCCACCCUCCCACUCUGAGCCCCUCAAGUCUCUACCUCUGUCUUUUCCACAGCUGAUUUUCUCUUUGUAUCUGUCCCUCCCCAAGGGCUUUGCUUCCCGGGGUUCCCUGAGGCCAGGCUGCUCUGGGGGUCACUGGGAGGGAAGGGCCUUCCUCUGCCUCUGCUCCAGCCCCCAGUCAGGGAGGAAAGCUUCUGGCUUCGGGCAGUUCAUGCAAGUUAAGUCCCCAUGGGGCAGAGAGUGGGGGCGCCAGCAGGCCCAGCGGCCAGGGCAGCCAUUCUCGGCCCUCGCGCUGCGCACGUGCGCCUGAGGGGUUUUGCCUUUGACAAUCAGUUAUGCUCCCCAUCAUUUGGGCUUUGGCCACGCAUGCACAUCCGACUUAACUCGGGCUCCUGGGUGAACGUCCCUCAGUCCUGCAGGCCCAGGUCGAGAGGGUUCCCCGACCCUUCCCUCCCCCCUGGACAGGGAGAGGGAAACCCCAGCCAGAGUAGUAUUUCCUGGCAGCACAGGCCGGUGGGCUCCGCACGAGCACAUGUGCGCAUACCCUCCACCCCCUCAUAGGAGCAGGGGCCAGGCCCAAGAACUAGGUCUCCCAUUGCAGGCCUGGGGGACUCCAAGCUGAGCAGUGUGGAUUUUCUUUUGAUAAAAGAGUCACUACUGGAAGAGAAAUGAUUUCCUUGAUUGUGUAAGGAACUCGCUGUGAGCAUUGCAGAGAAUAAAGCUUCUGUUUCUACACUUCUA